UAGGCCCCGUAAAAUAUAACUCGUACGGACGAAUUCUGUAUAAAAGCUCUGAGAGUAAAAAUUUUAGCUCUAUUGUAAAUUUUGUCAACUAUCGAGAGCAUAUACUCAAUGAUGUAUAAGACUUUAUCAUUCACUGUUGGAAUUUUACUUCUUCUGUUUUUUUCUUUUUCAACAUGUGACGUUUGUACUAAGACUAAAAAUGUAAAUUUUUACAGUGAGUUUGCGCCAUCCUUGUCUCAAGAAAAAUCAGUUGUUAUGACACGAAACGGCUCAAACACAUAUGAAGACGAAUUGACAAGUUACUACGUUAAAGAUACGUACAGAACUGGUAAUUUGAGAGUCAGAGUUGAAAGUCGCAGGAUACGAAUUGGCGACGACAAAGAAGGAUCAAUCAGGUUAAUUACCAGGACAGAAGAUAAUAAUAGACGAGAAAGGUUAAGGAGAUCGGUUUCUUUACCAAACUUUCACCGUCAAAAAGCCGUUGAAGAGUUUCGAGUAAACAGAAUAGAUUUGGACUUUCAACGGAGGACACAACAUCUGAAAGAAAGCAGAAAAGUUAGAAACGUAAUGAUCGAAAAUAUAUUCGAAAAGAACCGAAGAACUGAUAGACGUUCAGAAAGAAGAGAGGAAAGUAGACUGGACGACGGACGACGAAAGGAAAGUAGAUUGGACAACACACAACGAGAAAGACGAGAAAACAAUAGAUUGGUUGAUGAACGAAGAGAACGACAAUUGAAUAGGAAUGUCGAAGAAAGGAAAAGAGAAGUCUCAGUAAAUCAAAAAACGAACUCUAUUUCUUAUAAAGAAGAACAGACGUCAUCUUGGCCAUUUUCUAAUUUUGUCCAGUCAGCCAUUGGAGUAUUAGGUCUUUACUAUUUCGGCCUUCAUAAUAAAAGUAUCAAAUGAAAAACAAUCCAAAUAAAAUAUUUUAGAAUUGAAUAUUAAUACUUAUAUAACUAUAUGUUAUAAUCAUUUAUUAAUGUAAUAAAAUUAUCUAGUGUAAAAUAAAA